AUGCGCUGGCAAAGGCGGAGACGGAGGCGGCGGCUCGGGCGGUCCGCGGGGCCGGCGACUGCGGGCGCGGCGCGGCUGCUCACCUGCCGGCCGGUGAGAGCGCCGGCGCGUGGGGGCGGGCGCGGUGCCCGUGGGCCUGGGCGUGGGGCCGUGCGCGUCGCGCCCCGCCUCCGGUCUCCGGGGCCGUCGGCCAGUGGGUCUCUGCCUCCUCCCCGCUCCUCCCCGCAACCUCCGCCGCCGUCACCGGGACAAAGCGGCUCCGGGGAGGGGCCGAGCCAGCAGCUCUGGCUGAAGCCGGCGGAGAUGGGCGCGUCCCUAGCUCCGACUCAUCGGGCCAACCUCCAAUCAGACCCCGGGAAGCCGAAAGCCCCUGUGUGGCCUCCUCUCAUCUCCUCCUCCUGACCCUGCGCCCUUCCUGGUCCCCCACCCACUCCACCUCCCGGGCUGUCACCCUGCCCUCAGCCACACACCCGCUCCUCUCCGCUCCAGGUGCUGGAGAGUAAGUAGAACCCUCUGGGGACCCAGCGCGGGAGCCAGUCCGCAGGAGUCCUGGCCUCACCGGGAGAGGCUCCUGGGGGCCUCGCUGGGGUGGGGGCCUUCUGGGGGUCAAGGUGCGGAGAGGGCCGAUUCUGAAGCUAAGAGCGGGUGUGCAGCCACAGGCGGGGAGAAACUGAGAGAGUAGCAGACUGGCAGUGGGGAGUGCUGAGAACCAGCACUCUUACGCGGCAGUGAAUGAUCCCCGACUCCCCUAACCGAGGACGUGUGGGGACGCCCCUGCCCGGCUGCUGCGCGCGGCUGGCAUUGGCGCUAGCGCCCCCUGGCUGGAGCCCUGCGGCCGGCCCAGUCCAGGCCCGGAGGUGCCCUGCUCAGGCUUCGCAGCUUUACUAGGAUUCGCAGCCCUCAGACCUGGGGACAGACGGGCUCGGCUUCAGGGACUCCUAUUGUGCGAGAGCCGGUGACACAAGGAAUGCGAGGCCAGGAUCAUACUGCAAGCGGGACUGAAGGUGAAGCAGAAUCCAGGGUAGAUCUGGUGCUCGACAGAGUUAACACGGGUGGAAGGCUCAGCUUUACAAAAAGAAAAAAAGCAAUUCAGAGAGGUGAGGAAGCCUUGUGGCUUUACAGUGUCACAGAUAUGGACAAGGCAGACCCCUUCAGAGGACGUUUCCUCCCUCCGUCUCUCUCCUUCUACACCCUCUGCAGCAUACUGCGUCUGCAACGACGAGGCUGUCACUCAGCUAUGUUAACAAAGGCUUCAAGUGGAAUAUGUACAACCAGACCUAGUACAACUUUGACAACCUCCCACCCAAGAUUGUGCAGGGCUACAAGUCCAACAGCUUCUGCCUGGACCUUGAUGAGCACUUAACACCAGAGUACUUCCUGGAGAUUUGUCCAAACAGGGCCUUUCCAUGCUGUGCCUCCAUGCAGAACCACCCCCCACAGACGGCUUUCAAGACCACAUCUGCACCCGUGUGUAUCCAUCUGCACGGCCAGCUUACUGGUGGCGUCUCUGAGCUCUGAUGGCCCUCAAACACUAUGACUAUGGGUGGUGGUGUGCCUAGGGAUGGACACAUUGAUCCCUAGGAACAUACAACAAAAAUGGUACAUUUGGGAUCAGGACUGAGCAAAUCCAGAAGGCAUCAGUAAGGUACAGAAACAGAUCACCCCUGUUCUACGGAUACAUCUCUGUCAACUUAUACCUUUGACCUGUUGGGUGUGACUAGUGGUCAGAGGAGGAAUCAUCUUGGGCCUGGGUGACAUAGACGUUAGCUUAAUAUGUUGCAGCAGCUGUAAAUGGACUUCUACUCCACUCGGCUGCAUUCAGGUUCUCCCAAAGGAGAGGGUCAGGGGAAAUUCUCCACUGGGCAAAUUUGAACAGUACACAUGGCCAUCUCUUUUGUGCACAGGUGCAAAUAUACAUAAAUCCUUGGGCAGUUAUAAAUGGUUUCGUUGGUUAGUUAAAAGGCCUGAAGGAACAAAUUUGAAAGAUAAGAGACAAAGAUAUGGGGGACUUACAGAGGGAGCACCAAGUGCGUGGGGCUCUGUAUGCCACGUUACUGUCCAGCAGAAUCAUCUGCUGAAGAGAUUGCUCUCAUCAGCCGCCCUGUAGUUACCGCCUGCCUCUCUCCCUCCCGCUCCACUGCUUCCUCAGUGCACCCAGGAAUGUUGCGGCUACGGUCGAAGAGAUGCAGGUUGUGCUUUUACCAAAGCUGAUAUAGCCAUUGCUGCUGCUAAAUGCAUGGACUUCCAGGAGCAGAGAGCCAGGCAGAGUCUAAAUAUAAUACCAUCUUUCAAGGGAAGGACUCACCCCUUGGAGCUCCGCUACGCUGAAGGGGGCAGCAACUUAUCCUUUCUGGAAUUGACCCUACGUCUGAUGUGUUUGCUUUUCCCGCCUGCAGUGCUUCUGUAAACAGCAGUUUUGGUCACUUCCUGUACACCUUAUGGUUAUGGGGAGAGCUGAACUCCCAAUACCUGAUGGAGGAUAGAUGAGACAGAUGGCAGAUUAUUAACCGUAUACUCACAGCUGGGAAGGAGAACAUCACAUGUCACAUGGGGCCACAUAGGAGUUUCACUCAGGAAUAGAAAGAACAUCCAGGGACUAGGGAGCCAGGCUUUGUAGUACCAAGAGGAUAGGAUGACCUCUGGUGCUUCCUUGAAUAAUCCCACAGGCUGGCAGAGAUCUGAAACCCAUUACUGAGAGAUAGGCAGAGACUGUGCCUGGUUUCUUUGAAAAGCCAAGUUAUUUGGCCAGGGGGAUCUCGCGUAUGUGGGCAGAGCAAGGAGGGGAGCUUGUUAUUAAGCCACUUGGGGCUCUUCCGCUUCAGAUGUCAAGUCAGUAUAUAAGACGUGGCCUAAUUGUAGGGCUCUCCAGAACAACAGCACCUCCAGAGGUUUUACAAAACGCCUACUGCUGCAUAAUAUUCCAUGGUGUACAUAUAUCACAAUUUAUUAAUCCAUUCAUGGAUCGAUGGGCAUAACCAGUGUGAUGAAAAUGUGUCAAAUGGUCUAUGAAACUAGUGUAUGGUGUACCCCAUGAUCACAUUAAUGUACACAGCUAUGAUUUAAUAAAAUAAAAUUAAAAAAAAUG